AUGGCCAACUUUCUUUCCAAUAGUAUUGGACGAACGGUGUCUAACCAGCAAGCUCCCAAUUUUCUAGCAUCUCGAUACGGUGGUCCGUGCGUGGAGCACCGAGUCGAAUUGCUGGUGGAGGCGUACCUGACACAUUCAGGCAACGAGUGCCUACUCCUUGAAGAUGCAGACGGAGUGCUGUGUGGGAUCGUUAUGAUUAAUGCCGCACAGAAAGAGCUCUAUAAGUGGUGGGGUGAGACCCUACCGCUUAACUGGACGCACCAUUCCAACAACCUUGGUUUUCAUCUGGGUGAACUCAUGAUAACUGCUGGAAAUGGUCUGGGAAUCUCGGUCUGUGAUAUGCUGGUAGCUGACCAGCGUUAA